AAUUGGACUAACGCCUCUGUUGAUAUCGAGAAACUCUUUUAAUGUAAUGUAUAAAAAAAAUAAAAAAAAAAUAUGGAAAACGGUCAUUUAAAUUGAGAGUGUAAUCAAGGCAGAUUGGGCAGCAGCGUCGUGUCGCGUCACACCUAUUUUUUAGUCGGCGAGAGCAGCAGUAGUGCACCGCGUAGCGUUUGGAUCGGAUUGCAUAGGAUUAGGCAGCAGGAACCAGUGGGAAGUGGCAAGUAGCGAGUAGCAAGGAGCAAAUAGCAGGCGCAGGAGCAGCUAGUGCCCAUCAUCAGUCAUCGGGAGGCAUCCGGCGACCGCAGAGCCGACUCGAGUUCCAAAACACCAUAGCACCAGAGCUGCAGAACAUCCGAACAUCUAAACAUCUGAACAUCUGAGUCCCCGGAAUCAGCAGGCGGAGCACAAUAAAACGGGGCAGCAACAAUAACAAUCGCUACUCAACUACGCACCGAUUGACGCCCGACCGCCCACCCCCCGUCCUCGACACCUCCUCGCCACCUCCUCCCCACUCCUCGAGCACCCGCACUUUUGGCACAAACACCAAAACACUCACACACACUCGCACACUCCGCGCACACACGCACACACACUUAUCAAGCGAGCGACAAAAAAGCGACCGCAUUUAUCAUCCGCCCAUCGCAAAUCGCACAUCGCAUUGUUUGCUAUUGUUGUCUGCUCCGUUUUUCGCACGCGAAGGAGCAGACAAAGAGGACGCGCCAAGGAGGCGGAGAAGUGCAGAAGGCGGUGGUGGAGCAGGAGCUGGCGCAGCAGCAGGCGCAGGUGGACAACGGUUCGUCGCCCAGUUAAAUCCACCAGCAUCUAUGGGUCAGAAGGCGAGCACUCCGGCGACCAGUGGCCAACAGAGCCCCCGCUCCAGGACAUUCUCGAGCAGUUCGACAGGAGCCGCUGAUGCGGCGCUGCAGCAGCAGCACCAGCAGAUUGCCGGCCAAAAUCGUGGCGCCGGCAAUGACUCCACCGGUCAGGGUUUCAAUCUGCUGCGCACUUUACCCGGCCUGCAGGUGUACCACAACCAGAACUCCACGUCCAUCGAUCGCCAGCGGGCGCGGAGUCUGAGCUCCGUGCCGGAUAUUCAGCAACAGGCGCAGCAGCAGCAGCAGCAGGGAUCGAUCACCUCGUCCGGCAGCAGUCCGCACUCGCAUCCACAUGCGGCGCACGGACACCCGGCCGUUGGUGUCUCCGUAUCCGUGUCCGGGAAUGCGAAUGCGAAUGCCAAUAGCAACAGCAGCUUCGCGGCCGCCGGGAACAACAAUGGAUCCGCCACACAGUCCUACAUGCAGCAGAGGCGCACCCUCGGCGACUCUAUAAGGGACAUGUCAAUGACCGGCGGCAACAUCGCCGAGAGCAUCGCCCUGGCCGCUUCCGCCACGUCCGCCAAUGGGAUCGGUCGUGUCUACACGGCCACCUCGCUUCCAUCGCACAUUUGGUCCUUCAAUGGUAUCAAGUGCCCCGUGUGCAAUAAGUUUGUGUUGCCGGAUGACAUCGAAUGCCAUUUAGUCAUGUGCCUAACAAAACCACGACUCUCAUAUAACGAGGACGUUCUCACGGACGCCAAGGGCGAGUGCGUCAUCUGCCUGGAGGACCUGAGUCCGGGGGACACCAUCGCCCGGCUGCCAUGCCUCUGCAUAUAUCACAAAGGAUGCAUCGAUCGUUGGUUUGAGGUGAAUCGCUCCUGCCCCGAGCAUCCUGGAGAUUAGUAAUCCUUGCCAGGUCUCGCCGAGUUGUUUGUGUGGUGCGUUAUGCAAGCGAGGAGGAGGAGUUAUGGAGCAGGAAUCGAUAUGGAGCAGCGACUGGAACUGGCCAGCUGGACGCAGUGCGAGGAUGGGUCCAUUCUCUGGGUUGGGACGGAGAUCCCAGGCCCAGUGACCAAAUACUUUGCACCAUGUAUACCAUUGGCAGCCUUUCAACACCGCGACCAGCUGGAGCUUGUAAAGAAGAAGCGGAGUAUAUGGGAGGAGGAUGGUACAUAGGAGAGGCUAUGCCACAAAAUGCUGAUCUUGAGAGUGGGAUCGAGGCAUCGAUCAUUUGACCUACCGACCGACAGACCGAGAAACCGAUCGACCGCUGGUGGAACCCAAACACACACAAAUCAAUUGAAACAAAUUAAUUUACAAUGCUAAACUGGCAGUAUAAUAAUAAUAAACGUAAUGCUAAUAACAAGUGAAUUAUAUAAGUAACGAAAUCAACCAACCCACAAAAACUACAAGAUGAAGCAACAACCAGAAGAUUUAGAUGACGGGAGAUGAGGAGUGUAAAGCGAAGCAACCAACCAACCAACAAAAGAAUGUCAACCAAUGUGAUGUUAAAUUUUAUAUUUUGUACUAUGGAUAAUGAUGUAAUUGUAAUUGUAAUGUAUAUGUAUGUAUUUAUUAUUUUAAACAGGACUAAAAUAGGAUAAACACAAGCGUAAGGAGAACACACACAAGAAAAUAACAAUAACAAACACUAUUAAUAACUAUGUUAAAUUAGAAGACAAACAAACGAAAACGAAAAGCAAAGCAACCAAAAAAACCAAAAACAAAAAGAAUGAACUUCAAAUAAGAAUGAAAUGUAAGGAAGAUAGAAAACAAUGGGUCCCAUAUUUUCGGUGUAUUUUAAGAUUUGUUCAACAAUUCGCAAUCGAUUCUCUUUGUGUUUAUCCAUUAGUUAUGGCUAGUUAUAUUUAAAUUAUUGUAACUUUUUAUAUCCAUGUUUGUUAUCAACAUUUUGUUUGUGUUUUUGUUUAAACAAAUGAAACAUUUUUUUUAAUUGACGGAAAUCGAAUGAGAAAUAUUUGAAAUAUUUCCCACUAUUUGUAAUUUGUCAAUGUGAAGUUCUGGUCAAACGAAAGCUGAGGACAAAUCCGUUUGUAUUUUUUUUUUUUAUGUAACUGUCGAAAGCUUCAAAUUGGCCAUAUAUAUAUAUGCAUAUAUUCGGAAUCGGCAGACAUUGCAAACUGGUUGUAAACGAUGCAGCGGCUAAGGAAAACUCAAAGCAAUAUAUGUAUGUAGGUUGGAUUGAAUGCAACCGCUGCACCGUUUACAAUCAGCUUCAGUCUUGUGAAGCUGUGCGUUUAUUAUCAUUACUGAUUACGGAUUUUAGAUUACGGAUUACUGUAUGUAAAUUACUAUCCAUUAUGUUUAAUAUCCUUGCUCAUCGAUAUAUCCGGAUCGCAUCGAUGAUCCGCCAAAGUUUCCUUAGCAACCGGAGCAACUGCAGCGACGGCGGCAGCUCGUAAGAACUAUUUUGUAAAUGAUAUACUUUAAUGUAUUGUACAGAUGAUAUACACCCCAUACACCAUGCAUAUAUAGAUAUAUAUAUAUGUAUAUACAUAUACAUAUAUGAAUUGUAACUGUAUAACUAUAGCGUUGCAUUGAGCGAUUGAGAAUACAACUGAUUUCACUCCAAGCGUAAACGUGAAAAUAAAAGCGAUAAUCGUAAACGUAAUCGUAACAUUUGAAUGCAAAUUUCCAUAUUGGUUAUAUUUGAGAAAUCAUUUUUUGUAUCCCGAUGGCAAAAUUGGUAACUAAUCGAAGCCACGAAGGCAAAACCAACAAAACAAAAAAAAUAAAUACAAAUAUUUGAACUUUUAUAACCAACCAAACCGAAUAGAGCAAAUAAAACGAUAAAACGAUCUAGGAUAACAAUUGUCAAGUAAAACGGAUGCAAAUCGAGAAGAACUUUAGAAAAUAAAUGAGUGAUUAUAUACCA